GAGUGUGACACGCAUGAUGGUAAGACCCAACAACUAGCUUGGCUUGCGCCUCGUUUCAUUUUCCUCACCCCUUUAUAAAAUGUUGCAAUUCCCAACCUGUUCCUUAAUCAUUCAAUUCAUUUCAAUAUCUUCCCAUCCUUCCAUUUUUCUAUCUCUUCUCCUCUGUUGUCUAUUCCUUUUCCCCAGAAAUUUGGGUAACCUCCAAAUAUCACAAAGCUCAAAUCUUUAUGGCUUCGUAUGAACAACAAGGAAGGCCACUACCCAAGUUCGGGGAAUGGGAUGUGAAUGAUCCUGCUUCAGCUGAAGGAUUCACUGUUAUAUUCAACAAGGCCAGAGAUGAGAAAAAAACUGGUGGAGGAGCAUCGCAGCGUAUUACAUCACAGCGAAGAAAUGGUUCCCGCAAGGAUGACGAUAAAUCUGGCAAGAAAAAGUGGCUUUGCUUUAAACCUUAGACAUAAAUAAGGUUGUUUUAUCUGCUGCUUGGGAUGAUUAUCAUGAUUCUCCACUUUUCUUCUAAGGCUAAUUUGUCGCCAGACCACGGAUUAGAGAAAAAG